CUGCUGCCUCAAGUUCUAACGCGCCAUUGUCAUCGGUUACUCCGAAGUAUUCUCCAGACUCAGUUGAUGUCCCUCACUACACACCAGAAACAGUGUCAGGCAUUCCCUUCGGCAGGUAAACCUGAAGCCCUGCAAAUGUCAUGAAGCAAGUAUUGAACAUUCUCCAGGACUCCACGAUUGCGUCGAAGAUCGGAAAGGACAAACAGUCUAGUUUCUGGGGGGUGUACAAACGAGUCGCAGAGGAACAUGACGAUGAGUUCCUUGAGCGAUACACUACUGACAUGGACAUUGUCUUGAUCUUCUCUGGUCUUUUCUCGGCUAUCAGCGCGGCUUUCAUCGUCGCGAUGGAGUCUAAUUUCAGUCCCGACCUCAGCGACAUCACGAAUUCCCUUUUGAAACGGCAUCAUCGAGUCUGAAGGCGUCAUUCCAGAUUAUAUUGAUGGAAUUUGUGUCACUGAUGCGAAAACCCUGCAGAUCGCCCGUCGAGUCUUUCUCGAACAAAACUUAAAGCUUGUCGGUGCUGUGCAUCAAAUCAAUCAUCAGCACUUUCCACUUCCCUCGCAUCAAGAUUCCUACCAUGUUUGCUGCAAUGAUUUCCUGCCCUGCCAGGCUAUGGCUU